GAUAAAACCGGGCACAACUGUGAUUACCCAAAAAUUUAGAGGCAAUUCUGCGAAAUACCAAAUCCCUUCAGAAAUGCAUCAUUUUCCCUCCCCCUAUAAAUAAAGUUGUGAUCCUUGUGUGACACCCAUCCCAAUUCCCAACUCCUCUCCUACUUACAACCCGCCGGUGACAAUGGCCGCCGUGAAUCUCCGACCACAACCCGACAACAACGCAAUUCUCAUCUCCCAGCUCUACAACCACGCCGAAAUUCACUCGCGAGUGCUCCCUCAACCCCAACCCCAGCCCCAGCCCCAACCAGGUGCGGUGGCGGCGGAGGGGAACAAGGCCGGGAGACGGCGGCGGAGGAAGAGCAAAGGGAAAGAAGGGGGGCUGAAGAAGAGGAAGCUGAGUAGGGAGCAGGUGGAGCUUCUGGAGAUGAACUUUGGAAACGAACACAAAUUGGAAUCGGAGAGGAAGGAUCGGCUGGCGUCGGAAUUGGGGCUUGAUCCGCGGCAGGUGGCGGUGUGGUUUCAGAACCGGCGUGCCCGCUGGAAGAACAAGAAGCUGCAGGACGAAUAUUCCACUCUCAAAAAAGCCCACGAUUCCCUCGUUUUGGACAAAUCCCAUCUCCAAUCUCAGAUGAUGAAACUGAAAGAGGAAUUGAUGGAGGCGAAGAGGGAGAUAAAGCAAUUGGUGGAACGGAGCGAGGGGAUUUCGAGCAACAGCCGAAGCUCGUCGGUGACAAUGGAUUUGGAAGGAGCGCAGCCGCCAUUUUUGGGAGAGCUGUUUGUGGAAGGAUAUGAAGAUGUAUUCUAUUACAUGCAAAUGCAAGACAACAAUUACACUCAAGGAAUCGACUGGCUUAACCUUUAUAUGUAGAUUAUAUUUCAAUUCCCUUCACCAAUUAUCUACUCUUCUAAUUUACCCUUGUAGGUUCCCAAAAAAAAAAAAAA